AUGUCCCAGAAGGAUCCCUGCCAGAAACAAGCCUGUGAAAUACAGAAAUGCUUGCAAGUGAACAACUACGUGGAGUCUAAGUGUGAAACGGUGCUUCAGGAAAUGCGGAAGUGCUGCGCCCGGUAUUCCAAGGGCAGAUCCAUCUGUUGUUCAGGGUUGGAGAAGGAAGAAAGGGAGAGAGAAAAGUUUAAGGUGACUUCAGAAGAAAUUCCCCCACCACCUCAGUAA